AAUGAAAUUUCGUUGCAUUGGCUCAGCACAGUAUUAAAAUAUACAACCUUAAAAAUAUACAGCAAUAGACUAGCUAUGCAUAAAAGUGGGUAUGGUGAUUGCAAAUACUCAGUUAUUUUAGCAGUAUGCCAUGUACAGUAUAACAGACAGUAUAUUCCACAAGACCAAAGGAACAAGUUCAGCAGUGCAAGAAUAAUCUUUAGUAUUUGCAGUAAUUUAAAUAAAAUCAUCUGUAGUAUUAGCAGUGGAGCAAAUAGUCUGUAAAUUCUGAAGUGGCAGAACAGUUGUUUAGCCACUGUGCAGGAAUUUACAAACAGCAUACUAUAAAAUACAAUAGAAAGAACUUAUGGAGUUAACAGCAGUGCAAACAUUAGUCACAUCUAAUGAAUAAUUGAACAAAUAUGAAGUAGAGAGCAGGAUACUUCCAGACUAUACAGAUCAGGAUGUCAAAGUAUGUCAGGUAAAAAUACAGUAGCAGUGCAGUGGGAGUUUAAAGUGACUGUGUCCCAAAUGCAUAGGAGAGCAUAGUAUUCCAGUAAUGCAUACUGAGGUAGUAAAGAGCUGACUAUAAUGUCCAAAGAGUUCAGCAUUCUAAUGACCUAGGGAAAACCCUGGUGGUCCUGCACUGAAUGCUGCAGAACCUCUUUCCAGAGGCCAGCAGGGAGCACAGCCCAUGGUGGGGGUGUGAGGAGUCACUGAUGAUGUUUCUGCCUCAGGACAAGCUGCGCUUUAGUGCUUGACCUGAAUAGAGGGGAGAGAAGUCCCAAUGAUCUUCUCCACUGUAUUCACCACUCUCCUGACAUUCUUCCAGUUAGAGGCACUACAGCCACAACUACACCACACAGAGAUGCAGCUGGUCAGAAUGCUCUCUAUGGUGCUUCUGUAGAAUGUAGAGAGGACGGGUGGGGGAAGGUGGGCUCUCCUCAUCUUGAGCAGGAAGUGCAGAUGCCCUGUGCCCUCUUGACUAGUGACAUGGUGUUUACAGACCAUGUGAGGUCGUCUGUGAUGUGCACCCCCAGAAAGUUGGUGCUGCUGACCACCUCCACAGCCAUGUUGAUGAGAAGUGGAGCGUGGCACGCUUCUGCCUCUGGUCACACCGCCUCCCCUUGCUCCUCUGUCGGCUAGUGCUGCUACGCGAGUCCGCUGCUCCAAAGGCCGCUGGGUAUUAUCGGCGAAGCACUGAGAAUACAUAAACACUCCCGAGUAGACGUGUCUAUGAAGCCGGAGUCACUGAAUGAUUGUAAUUCCAGUAGGUCUUGGCGAUCAUAUACUAACUUACUGUAUAAUCCUGGAAUAUGAGAAAGGGGGAUUUGUGAGGACCAAAUCAAUCGACCUUUUGGAUUUGACUCCAGAAACAAACCCAGAUGAGCUGGUGGCAGAGAUCGGGCAGUCAGAGCCUCUGAUCACAGAGUCCAGGUCUGAUCAGGUCAAGCAGCUGAUCCUUCGACUUCAGCAGAAACAGGGCCAGCAGGACCACCACAGAUUCUGUUUCUCCAAGGAGCUUAAGGCACACAUACUGCCAUUGACAAAUGUUGCCUUUGACAAAUCAGGGUCAAGGUUUAUAACUGGGAGCUAUGACAGGACAUGUAGAGUCUGGGACACAGCCUCAGGCACAGAGCUACACACGCUAGAGGGUCACAGAAAUGUGGUGUAUGCAAUUGCAUUUAACAACCCAUACGGAGACAAGAUUGCCACCGGCUCUUUUGACAAGACCAGCAAACUGUGGUGCGCUGAGACAGGCAAAUGCUUUCAUACCUUUCGCGGACAUAUGGCAGAAAUCGUCUGCCUGGCUUUCAAUCCCCAGAGUACACUGGUGGCCACAGGCAGCAUGGACACCACAGCCAAGCUGUGGGAUGUGGAGACAGGGGAGGAGGUGGCCACACUGACUGGUCAUGCUGCUGAGGUCCUGUCUCUGUGCUUUAACACAGUAGGCAGUCAGCUUGUCACUGGCUCCUUUGACCACACAGUUGCUAUAUGGGAUGUUGCUUCAGGAAGGCGUGUCCACAUACUGAUGGGUCACACAGGGGAAAUCAGCAAUGUUCAGUUUAACUGGGAUUGCUCCCUUAUAGUCACCGGCUCCAUGGAUAAAACCUGCAAGCUGUGGGAGGCAGUCAGUGGGAAGUGUGUGGCCUCCCUAGUCGGACACAAAGAAGAGGUCCUGGAUGUGUGUUUUGAUUUAAGCGGUCAGCUCAUUGCUACUGCCUCAGCUGAUGGUACAGCACGGGUGUUCAGUGCAACCACACAUCAGUGUCUCGUGACCCUAAAGGGCCAUGAUGGAGAGAUCUCCAAGAUCUGUUUCAACCCCCAGGGCAGCAGGCUCCUGACUGCCAGCUCAGACAAGACGGCUCGUGUGUGGGAUGUCCAGUCUGGAGUCUGCCUACAAGUCCUGGAGGGACACACCGAUGAGAUCUUCUCCUGUGCCUUCAACUACGAGGGUGAGAUCAUCAUUACAGGGAGCAAGGAUAACACAUGCCGUAUCUGGCACUAACCCUUCAUGGACUAACAUGGACACAGCAAUCAAUCUGUGUUUACCAAGUACUGUUUCACUGUAUAUCGUUCUAAUCUACCAACUGAAUAAUCUGCAGUCAUGCUGUGGUAAGAUACUGGUUUGCAGUAUCUGUGUAUGGUUCAAAUGGUACAUAAUCUGUCUCUGUUUCUCCUGUUACUGAAUGAUGCUUCACUGACUGUACCAGUUUUGUAGUGGACCAGUAGACCUAGCUUUUUGUUUACUGUGGAGUUAACAGUAUGGUAAUUUUGCUCAUAAUAUGUCAUCCUAAGUAGUUGAACUCCAUUUUUGGAGUAUUUGGACAUUAUAUAUCUGAUCAACUGUUGCUGAGGUUAUUAUGAGAACACAGACCACAGCAAUGCCUGUGCAUCAAGUCUGGAACCAAAGCUCGAAGGCAAAUAGCUUAGUUUAGCAGCAUAAAGAGGUGGCAUAAAGCAUAGGAAAACAGCUAGCCUGGAUCUGUCCAAAGUUUAAAAAUGUCUUCCAGAUUCUAUAAAGCUCACUUAUUAACACACUACAUAGUUAAAGCAUGUAACUACACAGGUUUUGUACAUUUUGCAAAUUAAAUGGCAAAAGGAGCUAGGUGGAUUUUCAGAUUUGACACACUCAGGCUACAGUACCUGUUUCCCCAUCCCUCUAGACAUUCUGCUAGGUUAAGUUGAUCAUCGUUUAGCUUCCUUCUUAAAACACAAACAUGAGUGGUCCGUCUUCUCCUCUAAUGCUUGGCAAGGAAAGUUUAUUUUCCAAAAUGACUUUCUGUGAAGCAGCUUGUUAAUCAAAUACAGUAUGAACAUAAUCUGUAAAUAUAACUGCUGUGUAGAGACUUUAAGCAAGUGGAGUUACUCAGCUAUUUGAAAUUUAUUGCUCUACACUAAAUGUUGCAGCACUAAGGCAUUUAUGUAUCAUUUUCAUGAGCCAGUUAUCUGCCAAAGGUGAUCUGAUACAUCUGUUCCCUCUACCUUAAUGUUUCUGUGAUGUGUAAGAAGCAGCACAAAACAAUGAGGAAUGUUGAUUCACUAGCUUCCCAGCUGGUAUUGGACUAUGGCAAACUUACCCAAAUAUCAUAUGCAGUCUCACUGCAUCUGUGACCUGCUAUUGGGAAAACCAGGCAAUGUAAUGUAACAUUAUUAUGGAUAAAUCUGCCACUAAACAGUGUUCACUGCCUUUGUUACGAAUGAUCACAACUGCUUGUGUUUCACAUCACAGAAAUUUAAUGAUGCCAAAAGGUAAAUACAUUCAAUUCAACUGUGACAGUUUACAUCUCAAAUUACACUGUGCUUCCCCCAAUGCUGAUGUAACACUAGCGUACAACAAAGUAGAGAAAUAAACAGACCAAAUUCACAUACAAACUCAACAUUACAAACCUCACUGUCUUUCUGACAGUAAAAGCUAGAGAGAAGUCCACUACUCCAAGGUGCAGCAGU